UCUUCGCCCUUCAAAUUUAUUAACUUGUUUCUCGAAUGCUCAUUUUUUCUUUUCUUCUUUGUUGUUGCUUUAGGUCCGAAGGUGGGUGCAAAUCUGGGCGACUAUUCGGCGCCGUCGAGCACAUCCCAAUUGGACCCGACAAAUCAGGCGUCGAGGACCUCUUGCAUAAGCUCAAGCCCCUCCCUGAACUCGAGCCUGCUGGGCCUGAACUGCCUGAACACUGGAAGGACGAACUUCACCAACAAGCAGCUGACCGAGCUGGAAAAGGAGUUCCACUUCAACAAGUAUCUGACGAGGGCGCGGCGCAUCGAGAUCGCUUCUGCGCUCCAGCUGAACGAAACCCAGGUGAAGAUAUGGUUCCAGAACAGGAGAAUGAAGCAGAAGAAGAGGAUGAAGGAGGGAUUGAUCCCGGCCGACUCUACAGCCGCCGCCGCCGCCUCAAAUCUGAGCAUCGCAAAUUCCCCGAACGGCAACCUGAACCAACCGGAGAGCAACGAGAACAGCAGGGAAUCCAAUUAAGCAGCCAAAGAAUUUUUAUUUUAUUUCCAAUUAAACAGUUAGAUAUUAAGAAAUGAUGAUUAUUGAUGAUGAUGAAGACGACAACAGUUCCCGAAGACGCGUCUUGGAGGGGGAUGAUGAGAUUCACGAUUAUUUAUAAUAUAAUAUUAUCGAUCCGUGUUAAUUUAUAUAAUUGUACAAUAUGUAAAUAGGUGUGUGUAUGGUAGUUGAGUCGCUCAGGGAAUGCAUUUCAAAUGGAUGUGUAACCAAAAUCAUGUUUAAACAUUUAACAAAACGCAAGUUAUUCGUCUAAAAUAAUAAAUAAAUAAAUAAA